GAGUUGCACCUUCUCCUUCUAGGAACUGGGUUUUUGUGUUCCCUUUUUGGAGAAAAUUGGAGGAAGCUUGUACCUGUGGAUGUCGAAUGUUACAGAGCAAAACAAAUGGCCUGAGCUGAGAGACAGGCAUCCCUAACCCUGUGAGUGAAAAUGGCUGCAGAAAUCCCAGCAGCCUCUCUGGGUCUCCAGGUCCAGUGGGCAGCAGAGGCCGGUGCGGAGACAGGAAUUAAAAUGGAGCAGGCGGAAUUGGCAAGGCUGGCGCCAGAGAUGGCACCAGAAGGGACUGUCUGCCUUGGGGGCACAGAGGGACUGCAUCCAAGCCAGACGGAACCACAGCGUAUCAAAGAGGAGUCGGAAGAGGAGCUGUCGUCCCGUCAAUGGGAAGCCCAGUGGCAGGAAUUCCUCCGGACUGUGCAGGCCCCACACUCUGGGGGAGAAGGAAGCCCACAGCUCCCAGGGGAUGGGGUAUGGGGCGAGGCAAAGCCUUCUGGGUCCUCCUUUGAGGCAGCAGCCAUUCCCAGCCAGUGGGCUGAAGCAGGAGAGAGCAGGACCAGUCUCCCUUCCAGACCAGCUGCUGCCAGCCAGGGAAACAUCGGGCAAGCGAAGGAAAUCAAGAUGGAGGACAUCAGCAGCUCUGAGGCUCAUCGCCAGCUCUUCAGACAGCUCUGCUACCGGGACGCCCAGGGCCCUCGCGAGGUCUACGGCCUCCUGAGGGAGCUUUGCCAUCAGUGGCUGAGGCCAGAGAAGCACACCAAGGAGCAGAUCCUGGACCUGGUGAUCCUGGAGCAGUUCCUGGCUGUGCUGCCCUCGGAAAUGGGGAGCUGGGUGAAUGAGCGAGGCUCGGAGGGCUGCGUCCAGGCCCUGGCCCUGGCAGAGGAAUUCCUCCUGAGGCACCAGGAGGCGGAGAAAGCGGGAGGGCAGGGACUGAGGACCAUUGGAGAGGCGGCUGCUUGUGUCACCGAAGAAGAAAAGCAGGGAAACAGGGUGACUUCAGGUGUUGGCGGAGAAAGCGAUCAAGGUGGCAAAACGCUGAAAGGGGAAACUGAGGCAAAGCAGGCGUGGAGGACAAAACUUGUCGCUCCCGAAGGCGACGAUGUGCAUGGAGUUCAGAUCAAAGAAGAAGAUUGCGUUGGAAACGACAGGACUGAAUUCCCUGUAUGUGCAAAAAACUUAGCCAGUAGGUCACACAUUAGAGCAGACAGGAGAAUGCACGCUGGGGAGAAACCGUUUAAAUGUGCCGACUGUGGGGAGAACUUCAGUAGCCGGAAAAGCUACGUUAUCCACCAAAGAAUCCACACAGGGGAGAAACCUUAUAAAUGCUCAGACUGUGGAAAGAGCUUCAGGCAACGGAUACAGCUUACCAUUCAUCAGAGAAUACACACAAGCGAGAAACCCUUUACGUGCUCAGAGUGCGGAAGGACUUUCCGAUGCAGCUCAAACCUCAUUUCCCAUCGGCGAAUCCACACGGCUGACAAACUCUUCCGAUGUUCGGCGUGCGGAAAGAGCUUCAACCGGAGCAAAAGUCUGACGUUGCAUCAGAAAAUCCACACAGGGGUGAAACCCUUCAAAUGCUCAGAGUGCGGGAAGAUCUUUAGCAGGAGCAAAAGUCUUAACUCGCAUCUAAGGAUCCAUAUGGGGGAAAAGCCAUAUACAUGUUCGGAGUGUGGGAAGAGCUUCAGUAGGAGAACUAGCCUUACUCUGCAUCAGAGAAGCCACACAGGAGAGAAGCCGUACAUGUGCAUCCUGUGUGGAAAGAGGUUCAGCAGGAGCUCGAACCUUCGGUCUCAUAAGAAAAUCCACACAGAGGGGAAACCGUAUAAAUGUCUGCAGUGUGGAAAGAGCUACCGUCACAGCAUCACCCUUGGUAUUCAUCAGAGAAGCCACACAGGAGAGGAACCUUACAUGUGCCCAGUGUGUGGGAAGAGAUUCGUUCAUAAGCAUCACCUUACUUCACAUCAGAAAAUACACACAGGCGAGAAGCCAUUUGCCUGUUCCCUGUGCGGAAGGAGCUUCAGCCACAACAUCAGUCUUAAGAGACAUCAGAGAAUCCACACAGGGGAGAAGCCGUAUAAGUGCUCGGAGUGCGGGAAGGACUUCAGUCGGAGCACCAAUCUUAGGUCCCACCAGAGAAUCCACACGGGGGAGAAACCGUACACGUGCUCCGAGUGCGGGAAGAGCUUCAGUCGGAACACCAGCCUCACUUACCAUCAGAGAAUCCACACGGGGGAGAAACCCUAUAAAUGCCCAGAGUGUGGAAAGAGCUUCAGUCGGAAAACGGGUCUUACAUCUCACCAAGAAACCCACAAAGGGAGGAACCGUAUCGGUGCUCGGAGCGUGGAAAGAGUUUCGGCAGUCACAUGCCCUUUAACUAACGCAAAAGAAACCGUGGAAGGGGAAAUAGACUAUGCUGGAUUCACCUCCACCCUAAAUCCCAAGCCGUCGAAAAGAUUCGGCAGCGAGGGAAGGAGCCGCUCCCGACCGCUCGGGAGCCACGGAUCGAAGAUGGGAGAGCGGGAGCUGGCUGGGUCCCUAGCAAGACAGGACCCUUGCGUCACCCAGACUAGGAGCAGCGGGGGAUUCUGGGAAAGAACUGCACAGGAUAUCCCAGGCGAGGAGGUCGCCCUCAGCUCAGAUGCUCAGCUCCAGAGAUUCAGGCAUUCCCGCUACCAGGAGGCCGAGGGACCCAGAAAGGUUUGCAGCCGACUCCACCAUCUUUGCCGUCAGUGGCUGAAGCCAGAGCGACACACCAAAGCUCAGAUCCUGGACCUGGUGAUCCUGGAGCAGUUCCUGGCUGUCCUCCCCCCGGAGAUGGAGAACUGGGUCAGGGAGUGCGGAGCGGAGACCAGUUCCCAGGCGGUCGCCCUGGCUGAAGGAUUCCUCCUGAGUCAGGCAGAGGAGAAGAAGCAGGAGGAGGAGCAGCCCUGGACGCUGCCAGCAGAAUCGGUCCCCGCUUCCUCCGAAUCCGAGAUGCUUCCGUCGGACUCCAGGCGGAUUCGGCCCUCCUGGGGGAUCGCGCAGGAGGGCGAAGGGAACCCCAGCUCCCCGGGUGGAGGCAUGCCAGCGGCCACGCAGACUGAGCCUUCUCCUCUUGCUGGUGGAGGGGCACCUGUGGCACCUGACCAGGGUCUGGUGACGUUUGAGGAGGUGGCUGUGUAUUUCACAGAGGAGGAGUGGGCUCUGCUGGAUCCGGACCAAAGAGCCCUGCAGUGGGAAGUCAUGGUGGAGAAUUAUGGGAUUCUGGCUUCCCUGGCAGGAGAUGGGUGGAAGAAUGGGAAUGAAGUAACACCUUGCGCGGUCUCCUUGGAAAAAGCCAGACGUUCAGAGUGGGAAGAGGAGAAAAGGGAAACUGAAGAGAAGAGGGAAAAUCCCUUCCUUGCUUCCGGCUUCCGCAGAAUCGCAAUGCACGAAAAGACGGACACCGAAAAGAAGCGGAUUGUGUGCGCCGUGUGCGGGAAAAGCUUCAGCCGCAAAUCGCACCUUAACGAACAUCAGAGAAUCCACACCGGGGAGAAACCCUACAAAUGCGCCGAGUGCGGCAAGAGCUUCCGCCGGAGCACGGACCUCUCUUCUCAUCAGAGAACCCACACGGAAGAGCAGCCGUUCAAAUGCUCCGAGUGCGGGAAGAGUUUCCGGGGGAGCUCGGACCUCCGGUCUCACAAGCGGAUCCACACCGGGGAGAAACCGUAUGCCUGCUCCUUGUGCGGAAAGAGCUUCAGCCACAGCAUCAGCCUCAACUCUCAUCAGAGAAUCCACACGGGAGAGCAGCCGUUCAAGUGCUCCGUUUGCGGGAAAAGCUUCACGCGCAACACGGGCCUGACUCUGCACCACAGAAUCCACACCGGGGAGAAGCCGUACACUUGCUCCUUGUGCGGCAAGAGCUUCAGCCACAGCAAGAGCCACGCCAUCCACCUCAAAGUGCACGCAGGGGAGAAACCCUACACGUGCUCGGAGUGUGGGAAAAGCUUCAUCGGGAGUUCAUAUCUUAAGUCACAUCAGAGAAUCCACACAGGAGAGAAGCCCUAUACGUGCCCUGUAUGUGGGAAAAGCUUCAGGUGGAGUACAAACUUUAACGAACAUAAAAAAAUCCACACGGGGGAGAAUGUGGUGAAUCCUAGGAAUCCCUGGAUUGGAGAAAGUCCCCCUGGUAGGGCACAGAUCUUCAUAAUGGAGGAUUCACUCUUAUUUGCAGGUCCCCCCAGAUGCUGCCCAGAUGGUCCCCACCUCCUGCCCUCUCCAUCCAGGGAUCCGGAGGAAGAUGGUGACCGGUCGAUGAGGCUUUUUGAGCCCUGCUGGGGGUCCGUGGAGAAGCGCAGCCUGAAGAUGGAAGGGAGAGACACGGAUGCCCUCAAAACAGGAAGAACCCCCCAAAAUGUCAAGACUGUGAGUAGCAGGGGGUUCUGGGAAAGGGUGGUGCAGAAGGACCUGGGCACCCACAGCCCACAUGCUGAGUGCCAACGCUUCAGGGGGGUCGGCUACUGGGAUGACCAGGGACCCCGAGAGGUUUGCAGCCGACUCCACCAUCUCUGCCAUGAGUGGCUGAAGCCAGAACUUCACACAAAAUCUCAGAUCCUGGACCUGGUGAUCCUGGAGCAGUUUCUGGCUGUCCUCCCCCCGGAGAUGGCGAGCUGGGUCAGGGAAUGUGGAGCAGAGACCAGUUCCCAGGCAGUGGCCCUGGCAGAAGGUUUCCUCCUGAGUCGGGCAGAGGAGAAGAAGCAGGAAGAGCAGCAGGGACUGUUGGGAGAAGUCGCUGCUGAGUUCCGCAAGGCAGAGGAGACAUCGCCAGAGGAUGGCACGCGGAGGCUGUUGUUCAGGUGGAUCGUGCAGGAGGGCGAUGGAGGGGCCGCCACGCCAGGUGGCAGAAAGUCGCCGGGAACAGCUACGGAAUCGUCUUCUCUCUGUGGUGGAUCAGAAGCAGCCUCUUUGCAACUGGAUCUGGUUCCGGUGACGUUUGAGGAGGUGGCUGUGUAUUUCACAGAGGAGGAGUGGGCCCUGUUGGAUCCGGGCCAAAGAGCCCUGCAAUGGGAAGUCAUGGUGGAGAAUUAUGGGAAUCUGGCCUCUCUGGCAGAUGACACCUGGGUGAGCCGGAACGAGGAAAAGCCUCAUGGAGCAUCCUUUAAAAGGGCCCGAUGUACAGAGGGGGAGGUACAUAGAAGGACAAUGGAGAGCAAAGCAAAAGAGAUAAAGAGGAACAAAUCUGCUUUUGAAGGGAUGUUUUCCCCUGAAAUAACAAUUCAAGGGGAAAUGAGCCGUGCGAAAACGUCAUUUCCGGAGGCCGACUUUGUCGAGGCAGAAACCCAAGAAGAAAGGAGUGAAGGCAAGAAAAAGAUUGAGUGUGAGGUGUGUGGGAAAAGCAUUAGUAAAUCCCACCUUAACGAACACAAACGAACCCACACAGGGGAGAAACCAUUUCAUUGCUCGGAGUGCGGAAAGAGCUUCAGUAGGCGGGAACACCUUACUUCUCAUCGGAGAACCCACACAGAGGAGAAGCCUUACACGUGCUUGCAGUGUGGGAAAAAUUUCAAACACAGGAAAAACAUGACAUCCCAUCAAAUUAUACACAGUAGGGGGCUAACUUGCAACUCCUCGGAGUGUGGAAAUUGCCUCAGUCCCAGCCUUACUUUGCAGCACCACGCUCUGGAGAAACCAUUUAGAUGUUCAGAGUGUGGUAAGAGCUUCAGUCGGAGCACAGACCUGAGGUCACAUCAGAGAAUCCACACAGGGGAGAAACCGUACUCGUGUUCACUGUGUGGAAAGAGCUUCACCCACAGCCGAAGCCUGAGCUCCCAUAAAGUCACGCACACAGAGGAAAGACCGUUUGAGUGCUCAGAGUGUGGCAAGAGCUUCAGUCGGAACACCAGCCUUACUAUUCACCAGAGAAUCCACACAGGGGAGAAACCGUAUACGUGUUCCCUGUGCGGGAAGAGUUUCAGUCACCGAAGAAGCCAUGCUAUUCACCUAAAAGUGCAUGCAGGGGAGAAACCUUUUACAUGCUCAGACUGUGGGAAAAGCUUCAUAGGGAUCUCGUACCUCAAGACACAUCAGAGAAUCCACACUGGGGAGAAGCCGUAUACGUGCCCCGUGUGUGGGAAGAACUUCCGGUGGAGCACACACUUCAAAGAGCACAAAAAAAUCCACGUGGAGGAGACUCUGGCGAAUCCUAGAAAUGCCUGGAUUGUGGAGAAAACUCCCAAGAGAGCACAGAUGGUCGUGUCAGGGGAUUCACUCCCAGGAGAAAGGAGAUAUACAUAGACUAGUGCUUUUCUGCCCAACUAAACUAUACUGUCUGACAGAUAAUUCACAACAGGAGAAAGGGUGGGAGUGAGAAAAUAGAUGCUCAAACUGUGGCUGAAACUCCAUCACCGCGCAAGCUAUAGAGAGAACGUGAGCAAGAAAUAUAAGAUACAGUGGUACCUAGGUUGUCGAACGCUUCGGUAGCCAAACGUUUCGGUUUUCGAAUGCCGAAAACACAAAAGUGAAUGCUUCUGUUUUUGAACACGCCUCGGAAGUCGAACGGCUUUCGAGGUGUAUUUGUCCGUUUUCUCAAUGGAAUUAGCCGACUGCCCAUUGCGCCUCGGUUGUUGAACGUUUUGGAAGUCGAACGGUCUUCUGGAAUGGAUUAUGUUCGACAGCCGAGAUACCACUGUAUAUUGUAAGAUGAUACCUUACAAAUAGGGCUGGGCGAUAUCCGGUUUUCAACACUGCGAUAUAUCACUGGCUAAUCAUCGCGAUAUACUGCUAUAUCACAAUGUCUGAAAUAAGGAUGGGGCUCAGUAGAUGCAUUGGCUGGCUUCACGGUUUUAUCCACGUUGUGAUUUUUGUAUAGCGUACAAACACACAUCAUGAUUCGCGAUAUAUUGCCAGGUCAAAAACUUAAUGAAACCGAUAUUACAACAUGAGCUUCAAACCACUUUUGGAUGAUGCAUAGAUCUAUUGCCCAGCCCUACUUACAAGAAAGAAAUAUCUUACAAGGACCGUGUAGUCCUGAGAUUGUAUAGAGGACAUACAAAUGAGACCUUCAAUAAAUGUCACAGUGUUUAGGGCACACAAUUCCAGUCCAGGUUUUCCAGGUUUUUCUCUCCACCUGCUGGUCAGUAUUCUGUGCCUGCUAAGCACGAUCAGUCUUCAGUGAUAUGAGGGGCAGAUUCCUCUUGUUUUCUAAACUUUUUAUACUUCUGGAAAUCUUGGGGUCCUCCUGAGAUCGCCGAUACCUCCUUGUCGGUGAGUGGUAUGGUUUUUGGUUACUUCUCAGGUUCCCGAGAGAGACUGUGCUUCCCAGUGCCUGCAUAAGUCUGUGCUACUGAAGGGUCGUAGCUCAUCUGCUUUGUGUUCAGAAGGUCCCAGCUUCUCCAGGGAGGGCUGUUGGUGAGAUCCUGGAACCCUGGAGAGCUGCUGUCAGUCCCAGUAGUCAAUGCUGAGCUAGACAGUCAGUAUAAGGCAGUUUAUGAACUUCUAUAACUAGCUUCUGGAUUGGGGUAACUCAAGAUGCUUGCGUGAUGCUUCCAUGAUUUAACCAGCACUGGAGGUAAGGAAGCAUAUGCUCCAAAUUUAAUCUCCUUAAUGGCGCAGCUACCAAAUCAUAGAAUUGGAAGGGAUCCCAAGGAUCAUCUAGUCCAACCCCCUGCAAUGCAGGAAUAAACUGUACUGUUUUCAGGGGCCACCAACAUUUUAGGCCGCUGGGCUGUCAUGAGUCUUGUUGGCAUCAUCUCUGCUCCUCUGCUCCUCCCUUCCCAGGAUCAGCCUCCCGCCCCAAAGAAACAGGAAGAGAGCAUGUGUGGACACAAACGUCACUUUUGCCUGGGAUCGGCACGAAAACAAAACGAAACCGAUCCGGUAGAAUGAAUCUGAGCCUUG